UUGGAAGCAGGAAAAAAUAUUGCUCCCUUUUGUUGUGUCUGCCCUUAGCCACCUGAGUGCUGCUGGCAAACAGCUGCACGUGCAGACCAGUUGCUCUGGAGUGGGCUGGAAAGCAGUCAUAAGCUUCUGACUUCUGCUCCACCCACGGGUAUAGCAGUCAGACUGCGGUGGGAGGGGCAGGGCCUCUCUCUCACCCGCUCUCACACGUGUCACGGACUGUGCAGCGGGGAAGAUUAAACAUGGCAGGCAAGCAGCAGGAGGCUGCUCUCUGUACACCAGAACAUUUGCUGUAAUGUAAAGGUGUCCCCCUUAUGGAAUUCAAAGAACAGUUCGACAUCAUUUAACUUCAACUUUUGUCUAGUCUUUUGAAGAAUGGGCAUCAUCACUUUACAAGGCAAAAUAGAGAAUUCUCCUGUAAACACGAGUAAUCUAAAUUGCAUGGUUCCUGGGACUAAGUAAUUUAUAAAAUUGCAUGCCGUAUGGACAGUUUGUAAUCAGGAUAAAGAAGCUUGGGAAAAAAACAAGUAAACCAUAUAUUAAUAAGACGUUAUUUUAAUCGCAUAUUUUGCAAAAAUCCACAAUUAUUAAAUGACAAUAUGAUUAUUGUGACUUCCUACAAGAUCUCACUUAGCAUGUCAGCUGUUUGCAAAUGGAAAAGAGAGAGGAAGAUUAUGGUUCAGUCGAUCUCCAAAUGAUUAAAAGUCAAUACCGCAGUUUUGUGACUCGUCUCUUCAGCACCAUCCAAAGAUGUGAAAUUUGCAUCUCUGCAGAAUCCCAGGGCUGCUUUGGGUGGCAAUAAACAGCUGACUCACAUCUGAGCAAAGCACGGCAAUGGAAGUUCUCAAAUGAGCAUGCGGCAGGAAUAGGCCACCACCGCCUACUCACGCACACUAAAGGUCUCCAGGAGGCGUUCGCCUGACACUAUGGAGAUUCUGUUCCUGAAAAUGCUUCUUCUGCUGGCUGGCUGUUUAGCUGGGCUCUUUUAUCACCUCUCAGAUCUUUGUGUGGGUGAGAAGAGAACAGUUCAGAACAAGCCGAAUUUCAUAGUCAUUUUGGCAGAUGAUGUUGGAUGGGGGGAUCUUGGGGCCAACUGGGCAGAAACCAAGGACACUCCUAACUUGGAUCAGAUGGCUGCAGAAGGAAUGAGAUUUAUGGAUUUUCACUCUGCUGCAUCCACUUGCUCCCCAUCCCGUGCCUCCCUGCUCACUGGAAGGCUCGGCAUUCGCAAUGGAGUGACCCACAACUUUGCUGUCACAUCAAUGGGUGGCCUCCCCCUCAACGAGACUACGUUAGCUGAAGUUCUGAAGGAAGCAGGAUACGUCACUGCGGUAAUAGGUAAAUGGCACCUUGGGCACAGUGGCCUCUAUCAUCCCAACUUUCGUGGUUUUGACUAUUACUUCGGGAUCCCCUACAGUCACGACAUGGGUUGCACUGACACCCCAGGCUACAACCUCCCUCCCUGUCCUGCGUGCCCCCGACGCUCUGCAGCCACAAGCAGCCAUGGGAGAGAUUGUUACACCAAGGUGGCUCUUCCUCUCUUUGAAAACAUCACCAUCACCCAACAACCUGUGAACCUCACUGGGUUGGCUGCAGAGUACGCAGAAAAAGCAGCUCAGUUCAUCCAGCAUGCAAGAGUGAGCGGACCUCCCUCUGAAUAUGUACAGGGAGUGGAUCUGUGGAGUCACUUUUCAAAGCACUCUUCAAGGGGGGAAAAGGCUGCUAGCCACAAAAGAAUGCACUGCAAAGCUCGUAGUAAAAGUGCUGCUAUCUUCAGUGCAUCUCCUGUGCAGGGGUCAUGUGUGCUUACAGGCAUCUAUGCAGGGCUGGUGACAGCUGAACUGCAGGAUCCUGUGCUGCUGCCAGUGAGCAAUGCUAGAGGAUGCACUCUCCUUGAAGCCCUGCUUUGUGGUGCCUGCUGGGAAAAAGAGAGGGAAAGUCAGCAUCUCUUCUGUAAUGAGAGGGGCUCAGGUAUGACAGUCUCUGGCUUCUGUCGGGUACCUAGAGCAAAGUCAUUUCCACUUUGCUGGGUCUCGAUGUGCCCAAGCUGUAGGACAGUGGAGGAUCUGACUCUAAAGCUUUAUACCAUUUUAAGUGGGAUAAAACAUUGGCUUCUUACACUGGUGGUUCUGGCAACAGUGGCAGCUGAACUCAUCUUUGGAAUUCAAGCAGAAAAAAACAACUCAUACAGAUGGAUGGUAAUUUGGAUGCUGUGACUUUAAGGUCCACUUUAUCCUGGCUUGCUAGGGUUAGGGUAGCAGAAAGCCAGGCUUUCUCCAUUUCCUAAGGUGUAUAGAGCAUUUCUUUCUUGCCAUGGUGACUUGUGAGAAACUAAGCCUUGAAACCAGCACUGACCCAGGACUGACUAUAGCAAGUCCCAAGGCAAAGAUCAGAGUAGCUCCCAGUUCCUAUUGUCCAUCAGUUUUCCACUGUCACUUUUACAGACCAGCUUUCUGCAUGGUGUGAGGCUGGGCAGGUGCUAAGUAGUCAUCAAACAGACACAGCUGCAGAGCCUAAUUCAAAAAAGCACUCGAGUACAGUGUUCACCUGUGUGUGGCAGGUCUCAUCCUUCUCCCACUGAACCAAAGGGAGUCUGGCCAUUGACUUCAGUCAGAGCAGGGUGUUGCCCUCUACAGGGAUACUGGUGCCAGAGGUUGGAAAGGGGAUUUAUGCCAUGUGCAACUAGCCUCUUUCUGUGUAGUGAGACCCGGAGCAUUCUGGUGCUGGUAGCAUGGGCUGGCCCUGAAUCUGAUUCUCUUCAUACCAGAUCAGCUUCUGGGGCAGGAUUAAACACCCCCGAGUCAGAGCUGGAGGCCAGGGUUCCACUGGAUCCUGCCAGGGCAGUAGGGAAAACAAAUUUGUGUUCCAGAAGCCAUGGAACUGCUGGUUGCAGUUGAUCCUUCCUCACAAGCUGCCAGUUGCUCUGGGGAUGAAAAAGGGGAUCCUAGAACCAUCCCACUGCUCUUGAACAAGCUGACAUGGCUGGCGUCCUAUUGACGUGCACCAAGAAGAGCCUGUCAGUUCAGCACUAGGCCUGCCUCACUCAUCAGUGGCAAAAUCUGAGCCUGAGCUCUAAACCAGGGAGUGUUGGUAUUGACACACCUUAAACAUGUAUUUUCCAGGGCAGUUUCUGCCCUGAGUUACCUCUGUGCUAAUCUGCUUUUUAUCUAUCACCUUGGUACCCAGCCCUCAUUGCAGUCAUGGCGUGAGAGUAACUAGAACCUGCUACAGUCCUGGUCUUGCCUUCUAUCUGCACCCAUUUUAGGGGCACAGAUACACCAAACUGGGGCUUGCUUGUGCACGUACUUAACCCCUAGCUGGUUCACAUGCAUCCGGGCACUUGCCUACCUCAGUGGGGCCUGUGCGAAAACACGGGUGCCCUUUGGAAGGCUUGUCCCUGAAUUGCUGCCCUGAUCCCAUGUGACUAUUUUAGAAGCAGCUGUCCCGUGCAUGGUCGUACACACGCAGGGUUAACAGAAAAGCUUUUAAAGCAAUUUCUAGCUAUUUGGGGGAAAUGUUUCACUAUCUGCUGAGAACUUGAUUAAACAGGUUGCUGUACACGGAGGCAGAGUCCAGUUUGGCUGCUGCUGCUGCUUAACUUUUCAAUAGUUUAGUUUGCUAUAGUUCUUCUUUGCCUGCCUCUCUCACAUUGCUAGGCAAUGACAGAACACGAGGUGCGUCGGCUAUACUUUGUGUAGCGAGAUGUGUCAAGGCUGAGCAGGGACACAGAUCCGAGGGAAUGUGAGGUACAAAGUCAAAGGAUUUUAAUCUAAAAGCCCCACCCAUGAGUUAUGGAUUAAACCAUUUAAAUUUUAUAUAUAUUUUUUGCAGAAUCAUCAUGGAGUGUGGAUGCAAAAAGCAACCAGGAUUCACAGCUGAGUGGACUGGGGAUGAAUCCGGUUAUUUCUGGAUUCC